GCUACUCUCAGUGAUUUACUACUACAACCUACCACACUGUCCCUGUUCACUGACUAACUCCAGCAGCUUCUGCAGCAGAGUCCAUCUUCUCCAUCCUCGCAAAAGGAUCAAGGAGAGUUAUUUUGAAACAAAAUCAGAAUUUUAAGUCUUCAAAAAGAAGACAGAGGAAGAGAGAGAGCCAGUGUUAGAGGAAGUGUGUCAGAGGAAGUCAUCAUGUCUCUAGAAGUGAAGGAGAAGACUGAGGUGCGUCUGGUGUUCCUGGGUGCGGCUGGCGUGGGAAAGACGGCCCUGAUCAGCCGCUUCCUCCUGGACACAUUCGAACCCAAGCACCGGCGCACCGUGGAGGAACUGCACAGCAAGGAGUUUGACAUCGGAGGGGCUAAGGUCACCAUCCACAUCAUGGACACCAGCGGCAGCUACUCCUUCCCAGCCAUGAGGAAGCUCUGCAUUCAGAACAGCGACGCGUUUGCCCUUGUGUACGCCAUCAAUGACCCGGACUCCCUGGAGGCUGUCAAGAGCCUGCGAGACGAGAUCCUGGCGGUCAAAGAAGACAAGUUCACACCCAUCGUGGUGGUCGGCAACAAGACGGACCGGCAUGGCGAGCGGACGGUGUCCAGCGAAGACGUGCUGUCCACUGUGGAGCUGGACUGGAACAACAGCUUCUUGGAGACGUCUGCCAAGGAGAACAACAACGUACUGGAGGUGUUCAGGGAGCUGCUGCAACAAGCCAACCUGCCCAGCCGGCUGAGCCCCGCACUGAGACGACGCAGGGAGACCUUCCCCAAAGACGGCAACAAACUGCCCCCCAUGAACAAGACCAACAGCUGUCUCAUUUCCUAAGGCAGAGGGGCUGGAGGGAUGUGACAUACAGACAAAGACAGACAGGGGACAGAGAGGCUGAGGAUGGGGUCCCGAAACUGGGUCAGUGUUACAGACAAACACAGUGGUGUUGAAUGUGCUACUACUGCUGCUGCUAUAGACCGUGCUGCUGAGUUGGAGUCUGACGGCUUCAAUUCCCUGUAAGCCUCCUCAUCUAACCAUCCUAAGUAUCUCCACCACAGCAUUUCCACUGAAGUAGAGGAACGGAACACUGACUGUUAAAGGGGAAGCGGAACUAAUGACGUCACACAGGUGCGGGACAUUGAUAAAGCUGAAACUAAAUGAGAAAAGUGCACCUGAAUGUGGUGGUGUCAUUGUUAAAAAUAUACUGUGACAGUGCAAAAGUGGCAAUGAGCUUACUUUGUCAAGUUUUCAAUCUAUGUCCUACUAUGUUACUGUUGUGUUUGCCUUUUGUAAGUGUCGACGGUGUUCACUUGCAAUAACUGUGACGAUAGACAGUUGUGACGAAUUAGGCAAAAGCUGCAUUUGGACAUUGUGUCAUGAGAGCUUUUUUAUUCAUCAAGUGAAGUUUCUUUGUGACAAAUCUUUAUUUUGCUUGUCAUGGCAACAAAGCAUAGUAUGUUCUGAGUCAACUCUGGUUGCGUUCCUCAUUCUAUAAUACCAAUUUGUUGUUUGCCAAUAUUCAUAUGCACUUGGAGUUAUUUUGCAGAUAUCAUUAUUUAUUAAAAAACAUACUAAAUGUGUUAAAAUAUAAAUUAUAUAGACUGUAUUGUUUUUCUAUGAAUAUUUGAAGUACAUGUUGAUGAUUAAAUCAUGUUUAUUCACCAAAACAGUAUAACAAAGACGUUAUGGCUUUAUUACUUGUUGUAUAUAU